GUGUCUCCCACAAUGUCUCCCACAAUGUCUCCCACAAUGUCUCCCACAAUGUCUCCCACAAUGUCUCCCACAGUGUCUCCCACAAUGUCUCCCACAAUGUCUCCCACAAUGUCUCCCACAGUGUCUCCCACAAUGUCUCCCACAAUGUCUCCCACAGUGUCUCCCAUAAUGUCUCCCAUAAUGUCUCCCACAGUGUCCCCCACAAUGUCUCCCACAAUGUCUCCCACAAUGUCUCCCAUAAUGUCUCCCACAAUGUCUCCCACAAUGUCUCCCAUAAUGUCUCCCACAAUGUCUCCCACAAUGUCUCCCACAAUCCCUCCCACAAUGUCUCCCACAAUGUCUCCCACAGUGUCUCCCACAAUGUAUCCCACAAUGUCUCCCACAAUGUCUCCUACAAUGUCUCCCACAAUGUCUCCCAUAAUGUCUCCCACAAUGUCUCCCGAAAUGUCUCCCACAAUGUCUCCCAUAAUGUCUCCCACAAUGUCUCCCACAAUGCCUCCCACAGUGUCUCCCACAAUGUCUCCCACAAUGUCUCCCACAAUGUCUCCCACAAUGUCUCCCACAAUGUCUCCCACAGUGUCUCCCACAAUAUCUCCCAAAAUGUCUCCCACAAUGUCUCCCAUAAUGUCUCCCACAAUGUCUCCCACAAUGUCUCCCACAGUGUCUCCCACAAUGUCUCCCACAGUGUCUCCCACAAUGUCUCCCAAAAUGUCUCCCACAAUGUCUCCCAUAAUGUCUCCCACAAUGUCUCCCACAAUGCCUCCCACAAUGUCUCCCACAGUGUCUCCCACAAUGUCUCCCACAGUGUCUCCCACAAUGUCUCCCAAAAUGUCUCCCAAAAUGUCUCCCACAAUGUCUCCCAUAAUGUCUCCCACAAUGUCUCCCACAAUGUCUCCCACAGUGUCUCCCACAAUGUCUCCCACAAUGUCUCCCACAGUGUCUCCCACAAUGUCUCCCACAAUGUCUCCCAUAAUGUCUCCCACAAUGUCUCCCACAAUGCCUCCGACAGUGUCUCCCACAAUGUCUCCCACAAUGCCUCCCACAGUGUCUCCCACAAUGUCUCCCACAAUGUCUCCCACAAUGUCUCCCAUAAUGUCUCCCACAAUGUCUCCCACAAUGCCUCCGACAGUGUCUCCCACAAUGUCUCCCACAAUGUCUCCCACAGUGUCUCCCACAGUGUCUCCCACAGUGUCUCCCACAAUGUCUCCCACAAUGCCUCCGACAGUGUCUCCCACAAUGUCUCCCACAGUGUCUCCCACAGUGUCUCCCACAGUGUCUCCCACAAUGUCUCCCACAAUGCCUCCCACAGUGUCUCCCACAAUGUCUCCCACAAUGUCUCCCACAAUGUCUCCCACAAUGUCUCCCACAGUGUCUCCCACAAUGUCUCUCACAAUGUCUCCCACAAUGUCUCCCACAAUGUCUCCCAUAAUGUCUCCCACAAUGUCUCCCACAAUGUCUCCCACAAUGUCUCCCAUAAUGUCUCCCACAAUGUCUCCCACAAUGUCUCCCACAAUGUCUCCCACAAUGUCUCCCACAAUG